UAGUCACAUUCAUUCUCCGAAACAAAGAACAAAAGAAGAGAGAGAAAAACAAUAAUGAUGUCCCCAUGGCAUGUGAUCGUAGCGAUUGUUCUCUUGCUGUGUGCAACAAACCUGAGCCUGGCUCAGAACACUCCUCAAGACUAUCUUGAGGUGCACAACCAGGCUCGAGCGGAGGUUGGCGUUGGUCCACUGUCGUGGAACCACACCCUUGCAGCCUAUGCUCAGAGGUAUGCGAAUGAGAGGAUCCCUGACUGCAACCUUGAGCACUCUAUGGGACCCUACGGCGAGAAUCUGGCAGAAGGGUACGGCGAAAUGAAGGGUUCAGAUGCUGUGAAAUUCUGGCUCACUGAGAAGCCUGAUUAUGACUACGGUUCCAAUCGUUGUGUUCACGAUGAGUGUGGGCAUUAUACUCAGAUUGUGUGGCGCAAUUCUAUUCAUCUCGGGUGUGCAAGAGCUAAGUGUAACAAUGGUUGGAUGUUCGUCAUCUGCAGCUAUUCUCCACCAGGAAACUAUGAAGGAGAACGACCUUAUUGAUUCUCUUUCUUAUCAAUAUGUGCUACCUCGUAGAGUGUCCUGUUUUUAUGUCUUUGUUUGGAAAUCACCAUGUGUAAUAUUCAAAUAUAUUUAGCUAUUAUAUGAAGACAUUUAUCAGUACAACCGUAAUUAAUUAGUUUUUUA